AUGAUCCGGGCGCUCCUUCAGGACUGCCAUCUUCGACUGCGGAAAUAUAAAGGGGUUCUGAGCCAAGCGAUCGCUAAAUGCACUGAUCUCAUCGGCGAAGACGGAACUAUGCUGUUGAAACAGGCGAUUGAUAAACGGGCCAGAGAACUACGAGCACAACGAGAUAUCGAGCUGGCAGAUGAGCUUCGAAAUAUCAGCCGCACGUUUCAGGAGGAGAACGACGUCCUAGUCCACAAUCUAUCCUCCAAAGAGCUGACUCCUGGACAACUAAAAGUGCUGAGUCACGAGGCCUGCUUCAAUACCACAGACGCCGAUCCGGUCAACCUCGUGGCAACAGUGGAAUCGAUUCUCAAACAAACCGAGGAAUCCGACGAAACAAAACACCUCGUUCGGCAACAGGUAACUGCCUUGGUGAUGGCCCACAAACCACGCGCAAAUAUCACCAGAACGGAACAGGAUGCCCUCAAGAAACUGAGGGCCGACACGAGCAUUGUAGUACUGCCAGCAGACAAAGGGCGUUCUACAGUUGUCUUGGACAAGACCGACUACAUUCAGAAGGCUAACACCCUGCUGGAUGAUCGACAGGCCUACCUCCGAUGUGAUGAUGAGCCGAUGAGGAAGCUGCUGACGCAGUUGGACAAAACGCUCGCUGAAAUGCAAACGAACAAAGUAAUAAGCAAGUCGGUACGACUGGCCGUUAAACCAACAGAUUCAGCCGCACCAAGGUUCUACGGACUGCCCAAAGUGCACAAGGUCGAUGUCCCCCUCCGACCAAUCGUGUCACUUCGCGGCGCGUCAACAUUCAAUCUGGCUAAAUGGCUGUUCCGACACCUGAGGCCUCUCACCUCAGGCGCAACCACAACGGUCUGUUCAGCUACUCAGUUUCUGGAACGGCUCAGAGAGACGCGACUCACUGCAGACGAGGUCAUGGUGUCAUUUUACGUCACCUCUCUCUCUUCACUUCAAUCCCGCAGGACCUGGCCAUGGAAACGGUCAGCGAAUUACUCGAGAGGCAGUAUGACGAGACGGACAAGUCAGUGAAGCGGAGACAUCUAGUCCAAAUAUUAAAGUUCUGCCUGAAGAAGUACUUCACCUUCGAGGGGACCAUGUACGAACAAAUUAAGGGGACGCCGAUGGGAUCGUCUCUCUCCGGCUUCAUCGCUGAGGCAGUUCUGCAAAAACUAGAGAGCCUGGUUUUCACCACUCACAGGCCAACGUUUUGGACUCGGUACGUCGACGACACCUUCGUCAUCAUCAAGCGAGAAAUGAUCGAGGAAUUUCACAUCGUCCUGAUUUCCGUCUUUCCUGACAUCCAAUUCACGAUGGAGGCGGAAAACAACAACCAGCUGCCGUUUGUGGACGUUCUUGUCCAUCGAAAGCCCAACGGGAACAUAAAAACGACGGUGUACAGGAAGGCUACCAACACACGCCAAAUCCUAAGCUAUCACAGUAAACACCCGUUAUGUCACAAACGCAGCUGUGUGCAGACUCUCUACAGUAGAGCAGAAACACACUGCAGCGAACCGGAUGACAGAAGGACAGAACUCCGCUAUCUUCAGCGCCUUUUCAUUGCCAACGGAUACCCCCGUAACUUUAUCGAGCGCAGCAGGCUGAAUAAAAAGCGGAGGUUGCGGAGAAAAUUCCUCUCGGAUAGGAGCUCUGUGUCGAUAAAUGCGUACAAAGCACAGGGGAACCUAGUUAUGAGGUUACUCCUUGGGACGCGGCGUAUUUUCCAGAAAGACCUACUGAAUCUGGCCGCAGAAAAUCCGAAUUUAUUCUAUGGUUACAUAAGAAGAAGCAAACGAAACAGAGAUCCAAUCCCGUUACUGAAAACUAUUGACGACCUAGAACUCAUUGAAUACGGAGAAAAGGCAGAGCACCUUUCACAAUUUUAUAAGUUCAUCUUUACGAAGGAGAGCACAUUUCUCCCUUCCGACUGCGAUAUAGUGGACGGGCCAACAAUCGUACACGUCUCUUUCGCCGAAGCUAUUGUUCGCAAAGUACUGUUGAGCCUGAAGGAGUCCAAAUCACCUGGGCCGGAUAACAUACCGCCGAAAUUGUUGAAGGAGCUUGCUGGAGAAGUAUCUAAACCGCUGUCCAUGCUCUUCCAAGCUUCGUUCGAAGCAGGCUACUUGCCCGCCGAUUGGAAAUCCGCAAGGAUCACGGUAAUUUAUAAAAACUGUAACAAGGUCUUAGCGAACAGCUACAGACCAAUCAUCCUUACUUCAAUUUGCUGCAAAAUUAUGGAAAAAAAUAAUUAAGCGAGAAAUAAUGCACUUCCUAGAAGAGCAUAAUCUGCUAUGCGAUGCCCAGCAUGGAUUUCGUGGAGGCAGAUCAUGCGUGACAAAUCUACUUUAUUGUUUAGAUUGCUGGACCCGGGCAGUUGAUGGCGACAAUGCAGUGCGCGCAGUCUACGUCAACUUUAAGAAGGCAUUCGACAGUGUACCACAUCAGCGUCUCCUGUACAAAUUAAGCCGAACAGGCAUAAGAGGUAAUCUCCUGAGGUGGACACGAUGUUUCUCGAUCGGUAGAUCUCAAAUCGUCCUCGUCGGUGACAGGCAGUCGGUGGAGGUAGCAGUUGAAAGCGGUGUUCCGCAAGGCUCCGUUCGUGGCCCCACCCUGUUCAUUAUAUACGUCAACGACUGCGUCAGUGAACUGAAUUGUGAUGUCGCCAUGUUCACUGAUGAUGUUAAACUUUGGAGCGUCAUCCGAACUGAAUUGGACGAAGAGCGCUUGCAGGCAGACCUGACCCGACUCUAGAAAUUGUCACAGGACUGGCUUCUGCCGUUUAAUGUGACUAAGUGCAAUGUUUUGCGUGUCGGCAGGACCCGAUCUCAAAGCCUGAGGGUUUACUACCUAAAUGGCGUACCACUGCAGGAGGUAGACGCCCAGAAGGACUUGGAUGUGUGGCUAACGGCUUCUCUAAAACCGUCGCUCCACUGCUCCAAGAUAGCCAAGUCUGCGAUGUCAGUCCUUUAUCUUGUCAAGAGAGCUUUCUCUACCUUCGAUGAGGACUGCUUCGUUAAAGUCUUUCGGACUUUCGUACGGCCACAGCUAGAGUUCGCUAUUCAGGCGUGGAAACCCUGGACCUCUAAAGAUCUCAGCAUCCUUGAGAAACUCCAAAGGCGGGCGACCAAACUAGUAAGUGGGCAGGGUUCCCUACCCUAUGAAACACGUUUUUCCAAUCUCGGACUUUUUCCACUGAGUUACAGACAGCUAAGAGGCGACCUUAUACAAACAUUCCGUAUACUGCGCGGCCACGACUGCUGUCUCGUACCUGUUGAUUUCUUUUAGUUAACAACCAUAACGAACUUCCGAGGUCAUCCACUUAAGCUACGCGUAACUGGCGCCAAGCUGGACAUUCGGGAGUUCUUCUUUUCAAACAGAGUGAUUGAGGUCUGGAAUGCUCUGCCUACAAAUGUCAUCAUGUCCACCUCCGUCGAGGCUUUUAAACGCAAGUUGGACCAGUUUACCACCAAACGUCAUAAUGCCACCUGA